AUGACCACCACGACCAUGUUCAAGGUGAUGGACCCCAGCGGACAGAGCAGCUCCAGGGUUCUUUGCCCAGGGUUCUUGGAGCCAAUUGGUGGUGGCUCCAAUUUUAACUUGGGAUUUGAUUUACCAAAGGAUCAACAAAGAGGCAGAAAGAACAAGAUGGCAUCCAGUAUCUUUGGGACCCCAGAAGAGAAUCCACCUUCCUGGGCCCAGUCAACAGAAUCCAAGCCCAGUGAUGCCAAUGAAAGUUCUGAACCUCUUGGGCUGCAGAGAAGGAACUCUUUUGAUGCAAGCUUUGGUGACUGCAUGGGCCCAAAGGACAAGGAAGGAGAGGCUCCUGAAAACACAGAGGUCGAAACAGACUUUGCUUCAGACCCAAGUGAAGAGAUGUUCCCGCUGGCGUCACCCAUGCCUAGCCCAGUAGCUGCAUUGCCUGUACCAUCUAGAAGAAAUCCACCUGGUGGAAAGUCCAGCUUAGUCCUUGGUUAAACCUGAUCACUU